AGUGUCCUUCUGGGGAGCUGUAUGUUGUCACAGAGUCAGGGGCUUUUGGAAUCACACUGGAGAGCAGGAUUGAGCAUAUGAGGGUUCUUAUGUUUGCUGCUUUAUCUCGCAGAUACAUUUAAAGCAUAUUCCUCAGAACCCAAGUCAUUUCCGCACACAUCCAAGAGGGCCUCUGCAAGUGUGGAACCUACAUCUUAUUUCAAUCUAUUUUUAACUAUUAGAAAGCUGUUGAGCUAUGUACAUACCCUCAAGGAGAGAGCGCAUAACUCCCCACCACUCAGUGUGAGCUGUGCCUAAGUGGUGAGCUGUGCCUAAUGACUCCCUCCCAGAGAACACAGGAAAGAGGACAAAGUGUCACUUUAUGGUGGAGGAACCUGACAGGUGUCCAGGUCAGCAUCAUAGAAGCAAGCCACUUGACAGUGUGUGCCUGUGAUAUGCAGUGGUGAGAUGGCAUUUCAGCUCUGUGAUCCUUCCCCAAAAUCUGAAAACUCUUUCUGACCAUGGCAGAACAUCAUACAACAGCCAGGCACAGUGGCUCAUGCCUGUAAUCCCAGCACUCUGGGAGGCUGAGGUGGGUGGAUUGCCUGAGCUCACAGAAUGGCCUUGAACCCAAGAGUAUAAGGUUGCUGUGAGCUAUCAUGCCAAGGCACUCUACCCAGGGCAACAAAAUGAGACUCUGUCUCAAAAAACAAAAACAAAAAAAAAAAAAAAAAGAAACCUCAUACAGACUUCCGUAGAGGUGCAUUCUGCAAAAUGCCUGCCAGCACUCCUCAGAACUGCAGUCACCAAAGGCAAGGAGAGUCCGAGAGACUGUCACAAGCAAGAGGAGCCCAAGAAGACAUGAUGACUGUAUGUUGUAACCAGGAAGAGACGUAGGCUGUGGCCACUCCUGCCCCAGCAGUCAACUCUGCCAUCCGCCAUGCUGGACUCUUUGGUGGCAGAACAAAUGGCCUUACUGACACUGAAACUCUUGGGACAGAAGCUGGAACAAGAACGAGAGAACAUGGACAGGGAUUCUGAGGGCCCCCAGCUCCUGCCAGGAAAGGGGGACAGGCCCGAAGCUAUGCUGCAGAGUGCUCUGAAGAGAAGGAAGGACCUUCUGCAGCAGCUCUGGGAGCAACACCUACUGGACCAGCUCUCCCAGGCCCACUCCUGGAGGGGGGUGAAUGGAGGAGCCCAUUCGCCAGCCCUGCCCCCAGAUGGGCCCUCUGUGGGUACCUACCCCACCACCUCCCCACCCCCCCCAGCCCCAGAGCCACCACGGAUCAUCCAGUACAUGGUCCCACAGCCUCCGGCCACCAUCAUUCAGCAGUUGCCUCAGCAGCCACUCAUAGCGCAGAUUCUUCUUCCCCAGUUCUUCCCUACUCUGAGGUCAGGCAGUAUUAAGGAAGACCUGGUGGACGCCAUGCUGCUGCAGAACGCACAGGCGCACCAGAUCUUGACGCACACCCUGAUGCUGCAGGCCCUGCCUCCCCCACCGCACCAGUGGGCCCGUCCCGCCGUCCCGCGAGCCAAGCCGAGGCCUCCCGCCGCGCCCCGACAGCUCCGGCCCCGGCACCGCCGUGCGCCCGCCGGUUGCUUCGCGGGGCCGCCUGAGCGGUAAGGGGCAAGACGCUGCCACUCAGCCACCUGCAGGUGUUUCCCAGGGGCUGACUUCCUGAGAUCCAGAGCCGCUCACGUCUCCAGGGAUGGAAAGGUCUGAUCUCUGCCUGAUCCUGAUGGAGCCACAGUGGUGACACCUGCUUCUCUCAGAACCAUUUUUCUGUGCACCUUUGAAUGUGAUUCUUGUUAAAAAAGCCAGAAUUAAAAGAUGCAAUAUCCUAUUUUCAUACUGAUUUUUUUCUAAUAUGGCUUUUCCCUUUAGUUCUAUUUCACAACAAUUAUUCAAUGGAAGGAAGAAUUAUGGUAAAAGUUGAUGGUCUUUGUAUGGCUUGGUCACUGGCUGGGCCACCUGGGCCUUGACACUGGAAGUGCCAAGUGAACCCUCAAGGUUGCAGAGCUGAGGGGUGAGGAUGGGAACAGACCAGGGCAGGCUGCCAACGGGGGAGAAGCCUCUUUACCAGAAUGCUGGAGUGCUCUGAGGAAAGAUCAGUGGAACCUCAGCAAAUGAGUUUAUAUGCUCUCAAUUUUAAGGGCUUAGAAUUUUUAUUUAUUUAGAGACAGAGUCUUACUUUAUCGCCCUCAGUAGAGUGCCGUGGUGUCUCAGCUCACAGCAACCUCCAACUCCUAGGCUAAGGCGAUUCUCUUGUCUCAGUCUCCCAAGUAGCUGGGACUACAGGUGCCUGCCACAACAUCUGGCUAUUUUUUUUUUUUUUUUUUGCAGUUUGGCUGGGGCCAGGUUCGAACCCACCACCCUCAGUAUAUGGGGCU